AUGAUCAUUGUAAUACAGGGGACACGAGUUGGUGGUGAGGAUGUGAUUAUCGGGAAGACAACACCAAUUGCUCAAGAUGAUGCUGAAGGGCAAUCCUCCAGAUACACUCGUCGUGAUCUCAGUACAAGCUUACGUCACAGUGAAAAUGGAAUGGUUGAUCAGGUGCUGUUGACAACAAAUGCUUAUGGGUUGAGGUUUGUGAAAGUGAGGGUGAGGUCAGUGAGGAUACCACAGAUUGGAGAUAAGUUUAGCAGCAGACAUGGUCAAAAGGGAACAGUUGGGAUGACUUACAGGCAAGAAGAUAUGCCAUGGACUGUGGAGGGAAUCACUCCUGAUAUCAUUGUGAAUCCUCAUGCUAUUCCUUCUCGUAUGACAAUUGGUCAACUCAUCGAGUGUAUUAUGGGCAAAGUUGCUGCACAUAUGGGGAAAGAAGGAGAUGCUACUCCUUUCACCGAUGUCAGUGUGGAUAACAUCAGCAGGGCUCUUCACAGGUGCGGUUACCAAAUGCGUGGGUUCGAGACCAUGUACAACGGUCACACAGGCCGACGCCUGACCGCGAUGAUAUUCAUGGGGCCCACUUACUACCAAAGACUGAAACAUAUGGUUGACGACAAGAUCCAUUCACGUGGGCGCGGUCCCAUCCAGAUCCUGACCCGACAGCCCGUGGGGGGUCGGUCACAUGACGGUGGGCUCCGGUUUGGUGAAAUGGAACGCGACUGCGUGAUUGCGCAUGGUGCGGCCCAUUUCCUUAAAGAACGGCUCUUUGAUCAGAGUGACACAUAUCAGGUUCAUGUCUGUGAGCGCUGUGGCUUGAUUGCAACUGCCAAUCUUAGAAAGAACUCGUUUGACUGCAAAAGCUGCAAGAAUAAAACUGAUAUUGUUCAGGUGUAUAUUCCGUAUGCGUGUAAGUUGUUGUUUCAAGAGCUGAUUGCUAUGGCGAUUGCGCCUAGGAUGCUUACCAAAGAUAUGUGAAGGAUAGCAAGAAGAAAGAGGCUUGAGUUUGUUGACUGAAUUUUUGAAACUUGAAUGUAUAUGAAUUUAGUAGUUGA